AUCUACCCAGCACUGCUGACCAACCCCCUAAAUACCUUUGAUCUGGACACCAAGAGCUAUGGCCUGCCUUCUAGAUUAAUCACCAUCACUGUUCUGAUCACCCUCAUUGGAUGAUUCACUGGUGCACUGGGCAACUGUAAGUUAAACAUGCAGUGCACAAUAUUUCAAUAUGCUGAUUAUGAAAAACCUUAAGAAGAACCUUAAAUGCGAAGGAUAUCUGCUGUGAUCAUGAAUUUGACUGGUUUGUCACAUGGGGAUUGCAGGCCACUCUUACUGUUUAGAGACGCAAAGGAAGUCAAUAUCCUGUCUUGAAAAAUACCAUAUAAAAGGAUUUUGAGUCUAUUUAGCACCUGCAAAACAGAAACUAGCCUGCAGACAUCUUAUUUUGGUUUUCUGAACAUUUUACGCAAACAUCAUGCACCUCUGCUGGAAAUUAGCUCUGAUGAUGAUGGUUCUUGUGUGUGUUACUGAACAGCAAGUCAACAACUUUCGUCGGCCCGCUAGAGUUGGAGUGACCUGCUGUAAAGUGGUCUCGAAGAGAAGAAUUCCUCCUGAAAUUAAACUGAUUGGAUACAAGCAUCAGAAUGCUCUGAGUCCGUGUGUGGAUGCUAUAAUAUUCUACACAGAGAAGGACAAGUACUGCUCUGAUCCAAAUGCGCGCUGGAUUCAGAGACUAGAAGGUCUGAAUGAGAUAGAGGACUGAGCCAAUAGAAGAUGCUGAAAAUCUAUCUAUAUAUCAAUUCAUCUAUCUAUAAAAAGAGAAUAUAUAUUAUGUGUGUUUAUUUAAAGGUGUAAUAUGUAAGAUUUUUGCAGUAAAAUAUCCAAUAACCUCUAGGCUAGUGUUAUAUAUUUUGUUCACUUGAGUACUUACAAUAUCCCAAAU